AGGCGUGUUUCAGACUCUGAACUUUGUCUCAGCUUGAAAAGUUUCAGUUGUGUUUCUGCCCGCCGUGUUUCUGAAGCAUGAGCAGCUUCAAAUUCUCCCGUCUGGACUUCCUGUUCACCUGUGUGGGUCUACCUGUGUUCCUGCUGGAUGUGGGCCUGGACAUCUGGGCUGCUGUCAGCUUCUACCGGGCCGGGGCCUACUGGAGUCUGGGGAUUCUGGUGGUGCUGCUGGUGGGCUCCUCGGUGCUGGUCCAGGUCUACAGCUGGUUCUGGUACCGCUACGAGGACUUCAGGAGGGAAACCAAGGUGGAGAGAAGCCUGAGCCAGAACCAGCUGAGACUGGUCCACCUGCUGCAGCUGGGGAUCUACCUGAGACAUGCCAGCGUUCUGGAACUUUCUGUCCUCAACUGUUACUUGAAGAACAAUAACGGCUUCGUGGUGUAUCUGACCCACGAUCUGAGCAUGCUGAAGAUCAUAGAGACAUUCACAGAGAGCGCCCCCCAGCUGGUCCUGAUGCUGACCAUCAUCCUGCAGGAGGGUCGGCUGGACACCUUCACCGUUCUAAAGGCGGUGGGUUCAGCAUCGGCCAUAGCAUUCUGUGUGACCACCUACCAUCGUUCUCUUCGUUCCUUCCUCCCUGACAAACAAAAUCAGUGCUUCGGUUCGUCUCUGGUCUACUUCCUGUGGAACCUCCUCCUGAUCGCGUCCCGCCUCACCGCCGUCGCCCUCUUCGCCUCCGUGCUGCCCUGCUUUGUCUUCACCCACCUCAUCUGCUCCUGGAUGGUCUUCUUCUUCUUCGCCUGGAGGUCCCAGACCGACUUCAUGGACAGCGCUGGUGGGGAGUGGCUGUACCGGGCCACGGUGGGCCUCAUCUGGUACUUCGACUGGUUCAAUGUGACCGAGGGUCGGACCAGGUACCGGACUCUGGUGUACCACAGCUUCAUGCUGGUGGACAUCUCUGUCCUCUGUGGUGUCUGGUGCUGGAAGAUGAUCACGGAUCCUCCUUACGCCGCGGUUCCUCCCUUGAACGCCGCCGUCACCGCUGCUGGUGUGAUUUCAGUCUACGUCCUCGGCCUCCUGCUGAAGAUCCUCUACUACAAAUGCUGUCAUCCCAACCUGAACAAAGAGGAGCUGAAGGGGGAUGACUCGGAGUACCAGACUGCUCCAGAGGAUCAGGUGGAUGCUCUGAUGUUCAGGAUGGCACCAGUCCAGCAGAAACCAUCUCCACCACUUCCUUACAGCAAUAAGAGGAUGAGGAAGCUGGCAGAGAACUUCUACUCCUGAUCGGAUGACAAGAAGUCAUGGAGGAAGUCAUGGGGGAAGUCCUGCAGAUGCUGUUUUAAAAGAUCAUGAGUCUGGGGGAUCAUAUGAGGAUUUGAGGUUAUUCAAGAGAUCUACCAAGAUCUAAUAAUCUUGGAGGAAGAUCUACCUUCCUAAAGGUAUUCAAAAGGUAGAUCUUUUGAAUAACCUCAGAUCCUCUUACAAGGCCACCAGGAAGCUCAUUGAUCACUGGCAUCAGAGAAUCUGAAGUCAAGAGGAUCUGAGGUCAUUCAAGAGGUAGAUCUCAAAGAUCUACCUUUUGAAUAAUCAUCUUGGUGGAAGAUGUACAGGGUGACACAAAAAAACAGGAACAUUUUAACAAUCCAAUAAAACCAAGAGUGAUGGAAGAAAAAUAUUUUAUUCUACAAUUUCAUUUAGCAGACGCUUUUGUCCAAAGCGACGUACAACACAAGCAAGAAUUCAGAAAUAAGGAAAAACCUGUAGUAAGUGCAAAAAGUGCUUCAAGUGCGAUUGGUCAAAGGUGUUGUCAUCAAGUUGCAAAAGAAUUGCCAACCACCACCCCUUUUUUUUUUUUCAACUUUGUCAGCCCUAAAUAAGUGCUGGGUUUUGGACCACCUGACUUAUUCUACCCCUAAGGUGGAGUCAGAUUAAGUGCGUAGGUGUUCUCUGAACAAUGGAGUCUUCAAUU